AUGAUAAAUCAUGUACAAUCAUUUGAGAAUGAAACAUUUAAUAAUGAUAAUACAACCAUUGUAUUAAGACGUACAAAUCAAAUAACAACAAUACUUGAUGGACUUUUAAAAGAUUAUCAAGCACAUAUUCGACCUAAUUUUGGAGAGGGUCCAACGAAAAUUAAUUUUGAUAUAUUAGUUAGUUCAUUUGGUCCUAUUCAAGAUAUGGAUAUGUCUUAUACAAUGAAUUGCUAUUUUCGACAACGAUGGCGUGAUGAACGUCUUCAAUUUGCUGAAGAGGUUGGUGUUCUUUCGUUAUCAACACGUAUGCUUGAACGUCUAUGGAGACCUGAUACAGUAUUUUAUAAUUCUAAAUAUUCUUAUUUACAUACAAUACCAACAAGUAAUCGUUUAUGGCGUCUUUUCCCAGAUGGUUCAAUAUGGUAUUCAUCACGAAUAACAGUAAAAGCUAGAUGUAAUAUGAAUUUGAAAAGAUUUCCUGUUGAUACACAAAUUUGUCAAUUACUUAUUGGCAGCUUUGCUAAUUCAGCAUCAGAUAUUGAAUAUGGUUGGCGUUUAGGAAAUAAUAAGAGUGUUAAUUUUGAUGCGAAAGUUUUAUUAUCACAAUUUGAUCUUAUUCAAUAUCCACAAUAUGAUGAAAUUAGAUAUAUGAAUGGACGAAAUUUUUCAAUUCUUCGUGUGAAUUUUGUUCUUAAACGACAUAUGGGUUAUUAUAUUCUUCAAGUUUAUAUACCGAGUUCUAUGUUAGUUAUACUUUCAUGGGUUUCAUUUUUUAUUCAUCGUGAAGCAACAGCUGAUCGAGUGAAUAUUGGUGUUAUGACUUUUCUUAGUUUAACAACUCUAAGUUUUGAUAUAAGAAAUUACACUGCUGCUGUUCCUUAUCUUACAGCACUAGAUUGGUUUGUCAUUGUAACUCAUGCAUUUUUACUUGCUUCUUUACUUCAAUUUGCUUUUGUUCAUUAUUUUACAAAGUUUGGUUAUGGUGAUCCAUCGACAUAUUUUCCAGAUUCUUUGGAUAGUGUUUUAUCAAAUGAAGAAAAUGCAGCAAGAUUUAAUUCUAUUUCUCGCCCAUCAAUAUUCUAUCCUCGUUUUUCAAAUAUGAAUGUAAAAAAAAUUCAAGUAAAUAAAAAUCCAUGGUUAGGAAAUAUUUUUCGUUAUUUACGUCGAUUUUGGUUUUGUGUAUCUGGAAAUACGAAAUAUAAACAUGUUAUACGUAAACGUACAUCACGUUUUGGUUUAAAUAGCCGAAGUGAGCUUGAUGUAUUUGCUCGUAUUGUAUUUCCAGUUAGUUUUAUUCUUUUUAAUAUUUUAUAUUGGUUUUAUUUUCUUCAUUUUCAAAAUUAA